GCUGUCUGGUUUUUCUCAGUUCCUGGAACAGGAGGACAGUAACUCAAGAAGGACCCCAACACCUUUGUGCAACUGUGUGUGAGAAGUACUGACCCCUGCAGCGUUGCUCUGUCCCUGGCCUUUUGCAGUAUGGGGAGAAUUGGCAUCUCCUGUCUUUUUCCUGCUUCUUGGCACUUUAGCAUCUCUCCAGUGAGCUGUCCUCGAAUUCUGAAUACCAAUUUACGCCAAAUUAUUGUCAUUAGCGUCUUGGCUGCUGCUGUCUCACUUUUAUACUUCUCUGUUGUCAUAAUCCGAAAUAAGUAUGGGCGAUUAUCCAAAGACAGGAAAUUUCAAAGGUACUUGUCCCGAGUCACUGACAUUGAGGCUACAGACACCAACAACCCCAAUGUGAACUACGGAAUUGUGGUGGACUGCGGGAGCAGCGGAUCCCGGAUAUUUGUCUAUUGUUGGCCAAGGCACAAUGGGAAUCCUCGGGAUCUGCUGGAUAUCAGACAAAUGAGGGAUAAAAACCGAAAGCCAGUGGUGAUGAAGAUAAAACCAGGCAUCUCAGAAUUUGCUACCUCUCCAGAGAAAGUCAGCGAUUACAUUUCUCCUCUUUUGAACUUCGCUUCAGAGCACGUGCCACGGGCAAAGCACAAAGAGACACCGCUCUACAUUCUCUGCACAGCUGGCAUGAGAGUCCUUCCCGAAAGCCAACAGAAAGCUAUUCUGGAAGACCUCCUGACUGACAUCCCUGUGCACUUCGACUUUCUGUUUUCUGACUCACAUGCUGAAGUCAUUUCAGGGAAACAAGAAGGUGUGUACGCUUGGAUCGGCAUUAAUUUUGUCCUCGGACGAUUUGAGCAUAUUGAAGAAGAUGACGAGGCCGUCGUGGAGGUCAGCCCUCCCGGCAGUGAGAACAGCGAGGCCAUCAUCCGUAAGAGAACGGCAGGCAUCCUCGACAUGGGCGGCGUGUCCACUCAGAUAGCGUACGAAGUCCCUGAAACUGUAAGCUUUGCCUCCUCACAGCAGGAGGAAGUAGCUAAAAACUUGUUAGCUGAAUUUAACUUGGGAUGCGAUGUGCACCAAACUGAGCACGUGUACCGGGUCUACGUUGCCACGUUUCUUGGGUUUGGUGGUAAUGCUGCUCGACAGAGAUAUGAAGACAGACUGUUUGCCAGCUUGUUUCAGAAGAACAGGCUGCUGGGCAAACAGACCGGUCUGACUCCUGAGGCUCCUUAUCUGGACCCCUGCCUGCCCCUUGACAUUAAAGAUGAGAUCCAGCAAAAUGGGCAGACGAUGUACCUGCGAGGGACAGGAGACUUUGACCUCUGCCGAGAGACCCUCCAGCCUUUCAUGAACAAAACCAAUGAGACACAGACUUCCCUCAAUGGGGUCUACCAGCCCCCGAUUCACUUCCGGAACAGUGAAUUCUAUGGCUUUUCUGAAUUCUACUAUUGCACCGAGGAUGUGUUACGCAUGGGAGGAGACUACAAUGCUGCUAAAUUCACUAAAGCUGCAAAGGAUUAUUGUGCAACAAAGUGGUCGAUCUUGCGGGAUCGCUUUGACCGAGGAUUGUAUGCAUCGCAUGCUGAUCUCCAUCGGCUUAAGUAUCAGUGCUUCAAGUCUGCCUGGAUGUUUGAGGUGUUCCAUAGGGGCUUCUCGUUUCCCAUCAGCUACAGAAACCUCAAGACCGCCUUGCAGGUGUAUGACAAGGAAGUGCAGUGGACCCUGGGGGCCAUCCUCUACAGGACCCGCUUUUUGCCCUUGAGAGACAUCCAGCAGGAGGCGUUCCGGGCCAGUCACUCUCACUGGCGGGGUGUCUCCUUUGUGUACAACCACUACCUGUUCUCCGGCUGCUUCCUGGUGGUCCUGCUCUCCAUCCUCCUCUACCUGCUGCGGCUGCGGCGCAUUCACCGGCGCCCGCUGUGGGGCGGCUCUGCAGCUGCGCUCUGGAUGGAGGAAGGCCUGCCCUCGCAGAAGGGUGCUGGCGCCCUGUGAGGAGGCGUCCUGCUCCCGGAAGACUGUCUUCAGGAAAAGCCAUUUUUGCCUCAGGGUUCCUCCUCUGUAUCCAUGGUGGUUUUGUUUUUCCUUUCCCUUUUUUUUGUUCUUUAAAAUGAAAUCAUUGGUUGGUAAGCCCUGCUGUCUGGAAGCACUGCAUUUAGCCAUGUUUUAUACAGCUUUAAACUGAGGAGUAGAGAAAAGGGAAGCUCACUCGAGUUUUGCCGCAUAUCCAAAUGAAUAGGAUACCUGCCAAAAUUAGUAAGAUUUUGGGUUUUCUUUAAGGCAUGUUGUCAGCAGAUGCACUUUGAUAUUGGAGGAAAUGGGAAAGAUGCUUUCUCUCGGUGAAGAUGGGACUGGAGAGCAGUGUCCUCUAGAACCAGAAAGCCAGUUAGGGUCCUCUAUCUCGUCUGUCCUGAAAGCUCCACCUAAAGAGGGCGAUGUUUCGUUUUUAUGUGUUGUUAGGUCUGUCACCGAAUGUGCUCUUUACAGAUUUAAAAAUUGCAAAUCACUCAUAUCUGACGUAGAUAAACAUAGGCACCAGGCAGUUUUAAAGCUCAUAGCGAAGGAACAUGCAAGAUGUGAACUACUGACAAGAGCUUAGUGUGUGUGAGGGAUGGGGAGGCCCAGGAUGCAGGGCUGCGGGACUGAUUCCUGCAGACACACACGCUCCGUGGCACCCACGCCCCAGUGCUGUUAUCUUUUCCCAGCCACAUGUCAUUACUUUCUUUAUCCUUUUUUUUUCAGCAGCCUUAGAACACUUCACUUUUAAAAGAAUUGGAAAAUUCAUGAAGCUUCAUUGGUUUUAGCUAUGUGAGAAUAAGGCCAGUGUCCCUUCCAGGCGCCUUGAUAUUUCUUAGGAUGCACCUCUGCUGCCUAACUGCUCCAUUUUCCUCCAGCUUCAGGUUGGCGUCCCCGGUCCCCUUCAUUAGGAGUCAUCUCCGCAGUGUCGUUUGGGAGCCCCUGCAUUGCUUGGCCGGCUCUGAUUAUCCCUGUUGUUCCUACAGCUGUCCUGGCAGUGCCAGGAAAGAGUCUGAAUUUCAUACAAGAAAUAAUUUACGUUUGGGGGAAACAAAUUUAACAUUUUAAGCAAAAAUCUAAAAAAGGACAACUGAAUUGACAUACGUAAGACUUUUACGUAUUUAGUUUGGGAAUUUGGGGAAUUCUCACACGCGGUUUUUUGUUUUUUGGAGUGUGUGCAUGUGUGUACACAUACGCAAACAUUUCCUAACACCAAGACAGGUUAGUUUAUGUAGUUGGUAGCAAGUGUGAGUUUUAAGAAUCAUUAGCUGCUUAUUAAGUAUCACUUAUUAAAGAAUUUAGAUUCAGAAGCCCUAUUAACUUAGAAAAGUGUUAGUCCAGCUCUGCAGUUUUGGAGACAGAGUGGAAGCAAUCCCAGAGGAGCUCUGCCUUCAGCCUGCCCUAAGCACCACUGCUGAGAACCCUCCCCAAUCUCUGGGAGAAAUCCCCAGACUAGGGUUCCAAGGCCCAAGCCCCCUGUGCUUGGUAAGCACCUGUGUUCCUCUGACAGCCUCCUGAAGCAGGGCUUGGCAAGCUGCUACAAAUCUGAAAGGCCUUUGAAAUAAGAACAUUUUUCAAUUUUGAAAGGAUUGUUUAAAAAAAGGUUGAAGAACAUUUGCAUAACAGAGACUGGAUGUGGCCUGUAAAGCCUAAACUAUUUACUAAAUGGCCUUUUUUAGAAAGUUUGCUGACUGUGUGAGUCAGCUUUCCAUUACUAUAACAAGAGCCUGAGAUAAUCAAUAUAAAGGGUUCGUUUUGGCUCCCAUUUUAAGAGGUUUCAGUCAUGGUCAUUUGAUCCCACUGUUUGGGCCUGUGAUAAGGCAACAGUCAUGGCAGUGCAAAACCCAUCACUUUAUGCCUGGUGCAAAAGACAGAAACAGAAGGGCUGAGGCCCCACAAUCAAUUCAAAGGCAAGCACCAGUAACCUGCAGACCACCCACUAGACUCCACCCCUUAAAGGGUCUGCUACCUCCCAGUAGUGCUAAGCUGGGGACUAACAUGGCUAUUGGAGGGCAGCCUAGAUCCAAACUGACAAUCUGGACCGCUCCCCCACCCAAAAAAAAAAAAA